AUGAGGCAAGCAGCAUUUCGAAUCAUUUUCAGUACAAACUUUGUGUCGAGCACACGUAGAACCCACUCCAAUCAAAUAAACGCAGCCCAUCGAGCACUACAAAAUGAACUUUCUGCUGAUCUUUGGGUGUGCCCUCAUGAUGAUGAUGCAACUGCAGUUUGGUCACUGCCUGCGCAUGAAGCGCUCUCAGGGUGAUGCUGCAAGUGAUAACAAUGGGAACUCUAGCUCGGGACCCGAUGCCACCGUGGUCUUGGCUCCGACCAAUGACUCUGUUACCAGUGCUUGCCUCACUUUAACCACAUCUUCGAAGCAGAAGAUUACAGCUGGACCGAAGCAGACUACCGAGCUUCAAGGAAAAACCACGAAGGCUACCACAUCUUCAGCACUGACUGCUGCGGCUUCCACAUCCACAUCCUCGCCCUCGGAUGCCGGCAAAAUGCAGCAGGUGGAGGAUCCGAUGGGGCUGCACCGCCCCAAGCGGCGUUUGGGUGGCCUGCUGGAGGAGGGCCUGCAGCCGCGCCAGUUGCACCACAAGCGUCGCCAACCGUGGGAUGCAGUGGCGACCACUUUACAGCCACCGAUGCCACCCAUUCAACCCAUGCCACCCAGCCCCUAUGUGUACUACAACAAGCUGGUCUCGCCCGACGGCAAGCACGAGGUGAAGGAGUUCGAGCUGCUGGCACCCAACAUGGUGAUUGAGAGUGUGCAGCAGGAGCUUAACUACGGGCCGGAAGUGCUGCCACCGGAAUUGGCCGGAGUGCUGCUGCUGAAUGCAGCCGAGAACGCUCAGCAGCACGCUGUCCAUAAUUCAGCGCCACUGAAGCAGCAGCAGCAGCACCACCACAAGCACAAAUCCUCGCCGGCUUUGCCACCGAUGCUCUACAUGCUGCAGCAGCUGCUGCAGCCCCCUUUCGAGGGCAGUGUGCUGGUGGAGUCGCCAAGGGAACCGCAGCAUCGCGUCAGCUCGCCGCUCUAUCAAUUCCUCGAUGGCGCCAUGGAUCUGGCUUUGCGCAGCAAUCCCGAUGUCAUCGAGCACCUUCUGGGGGAUCACCUGGAGCUGGAGCAGGAAAGGGACAAGCUGAAGAGCGGCAAGGACAAGACUGGUCCCAAGAAGGUCAAGAAGGAUAAGGAGAAGGAGAAGGCAGAUCCCUUCCCUCCCAAGGAGGAACUCGUGGUCAGCUGUCCCAUCCACCACGAACACCAUGCCAAUCGGAACGGGGAAAUGGUCGAUGACGAUGUGGUCUUGGUCAACGAGUGUCAUCUGGUCUAGAUCUAGCCGGGAUAAUACACAGGACAGGGGACACUUGGACAUUCGGUUUCUUAAAAAUUGUAGGUUUCUUCGUUUUCUCCCAUUUUUUCUUUGCCAUCUGCUCCGACAGGCAAGUCGGCCUUAAAUUAUUUACAUAUUUUAGUGUUGCUGUUUAAAAGGUUUUAAGGCCGACCUUAUUGAAAAACACAGGGACAAUAAAAACUAAUUACACAAUCUUA